AUGUACACCUUUUGUGCGCUAUUUCUCCUCCUGUUGCCCCUCGCCGCCAACGUGCUGGCGGCUACGGUCACCUUCGAUUGGACCAUCGACUGGGUGACAGCCGCACCGGAUGGCUACUCCAGGCCCGUGAUAGGAAUCAACAGGCAGUGGCCGUGUCCUAUCAUCCAGGCCAACCAGGGUGAUACUAUCAUUGUGAACAUUCAGAACAAUCUAGGAAACGAGACGACUGGCCUGCAUUUCCACGGCAUCAGACAAUAUGGGACGCCGGAGAUGGACGGGCCUAUUGCGGCUUCACAGUGCUCUGUGCCUCCGGGUUCCUCUUUUACAUACCAAUUUCAGGUUGACCAGCCGGGCACGUACUGGUACCACUCGCACGAGAUGGGACAGUAUCCUGAUGGACUUAGAGGACCUCUCAUUGUUCACGAUCCCGAUGACCCGUACAAAGGGCAAGUCGAUGAGGAGGUCAUCAUGACGGUAUCAGACUGCCAAACUAUCCCACUGGUCCAGACCAUGCUUCAGCCAAACAACACAGAGUUCAUCCCUCCCCUCCCAAACAGUGUUAUUCUCAACGAGGGCGGCAGCAACCAGAUCCCCUUCCAGAAGGGUAAAACAUACCGCAUUCGCAUGAUCAAUUUCUCCGCCCUCACUGCCGCCAUGAUCACCUUCCAGUCUCAGACCAUGAAGAUCAUCAUGCAGGAUGGCUCCUACAUCACUGAAGCAGACGCUGACCUAGUCCGGCUGGACUGCGCUCAACGAUACGACGUCCUCCUCACCUCCAGUAGCAGCAGCAGCAACAGCAGUAACGAUGAAAGUAAUUAUCCAUUUCUUAUCGCUCUAGAUGUGAACAAAGACUACACCAACCCAAACGCCUCGCCACAACCCAUCUCGUGGAACCACAAUGAGACCGGAUACCUCGUAGUCAAUCCCAAUAAUAUAAAUACAACCUCCGUCGACAUUGUUCACGCUUUUGACCCAGUAGAUGACGCCAAGUUCACCAAUGCCAACGGCGACGGUCCUUGGGGUCCAGUCACCCAGACGAUCCAGCUUGACUUCAACUUCUGCUUCGACAACAACAGCAUCCCCAGAGCCUGUCUGAACGGCCAGCCCUACGUGGACCAGCGCGUGCCCACCUUGUACACAGCCGCCACCACAGACGAUGACAACACCGACCCGGUCGUGUACGGCGCAGUGAACCCCUUUAUCGUCGAGCAAGGCCAGGUCGUUGACAUCGUCCUCAACAACCUCGACACCGCCAUCCACCCUUUCCACCUGCACGGCCACCAAUUCCAGGUCAUCGCCCGCCCGCCCAGCGGCACGGGACAGUGGCCUGGCACCACAGACGACGACGAGCCUGCCUAUCCGCCCUCUAGGGAUACCGUCUCCAUCAACGGCGCCUCUUAUGCCGUGCUCAGGUUCAAGGCUGACAACCCCGGCGUGUGGCUGUUCCACUGCCACAUAGAGUGGCACGUCGAGAUGGGGCUCACGGCAACUAUCGUGGAGGGCCCGGAGCAGCUGCGCGGGCUCCAGAUCCCAGAGGACCAUAUCGAGGCGUGUAAAGCUCAGGGUGCGCCGUAUGAGGGUAAUGCGGCUGGGAAUACGGCGAAUUAUACGGAUACGGCAGGCAUGUUGUUUGUGAAUCCUGCCACAUAUACCGGGUAA